GAAGCUGUGUUUUGAAAAUGUUGGAGAAUUUCCUGAUCUUGAUUCAGAGUACAAUGUAAAGAACUCACAAGACAAACUUUGUUGUACUUCUAAGAAAGAAGACCCCCCAAAAUGGCAUUUUUCAAAAAUCUGAGCCUGCCUUCCAUGUCUUCUGUCGUUGAUACUCUUAGUAAUGCUGUAGGUGAUCUGUCUUGUGCUGUAGAUGAUCUGACCAGUGCUGUCGGGGAGGCCAGCUAUACAUUAACUGAUUCGGUUGCCGAACAAGUAGCAAGUAUGAUAAAUAGCUUUCGCACACAAGAUGAAAGCUUUCCGAUACAGGAAGAUACCCCUCUCCUAGGGAAACUAGAAAAUGCACCAUCACCAGAAAUCUCUAAAGAUUCUAAUUUCCAGAAUACAGAAUCCACUUUAGAAGAUAGCAUGAAACAGACAAAUUGUUAUCCUUCUCAUUCUCCAAAGGAAGACAUGCAUCAAGAAGAAGUGUUGGACUAUAUCGGCAAGAAGCAGCAAAAGCCACAGAAGCAUCAAGAAGGUAGUCAUGCUUAUAAUUCCCAUUCGAGAGCAGACCUUGGGGAUACCAAGAUGUUGGGGUUCCACCAGGAGUCUCAUGUUGUAUUUGCUUAUCAAGAAACUGUAGUUAUUGAUAAAAAUAAAGGUGGGCAAAAAUUUUCCAAGAACAGUAAGAAAGAUGUAAAGGAGGUAGAAGAAGCAAAAAUUAAAGGGAAUCAUAAGGAUAGGGUAAGCUCUCUUGAAAAAACGUUAGUUCGUGAGCAGAAAACUGUUAACACAAAUAGUCAUAAAAAUGAGGAUAACAGAACUUGGAAACAAAUGUCUUCAGGAAAAAAUGAAGAUAAUAAAAAUGCUCCCUUUCAAGAGAAAAAGCUUAGUUUGAACAAAAAUAAACAUUUUCAUGAUUUGGAGGCAACUGAUAAUUUGAAGAAAACCGAAAAACAUAUUAAAAGCAAAGGAAUGACAGGAAAUGAGCAUUCAGGAAAUGGAAAAUAUUUGAUAGAUAGUUUGAACAGCAAGUCCAUUAUUAAGGAACCAAAUGUUUGUGCAGUGUCAAGCAGUUCACAUGAUGAUUUUCAUGGAAAAGUCAAACGCCGGGCAUCAGUGAUUGAUUUUAAGGACCUGAAAGAACUACACCAAACACAUGCUUCAAAAUAUUCUAAAAUAAAAGUAGGUGAAGAAAAAAUAAAGGAAAGGAAAGGACAAGUCACAAAUAAAGGGGAACAAAACACUAAGAAAGCACCAGGAAAAGAUAACUCGUACAUGGAUAAAGAUCAACAUGGCUCAUCAUCUGAAAGUGAAGAUGAAGCGCUCAGUAAAUACCAUGAGGCCUUAUCCAGAGCACACAAUUUCAGAUCACCAGCAGCAGAGAGGCAAAAAAGCUACAUUUGGGAAACAAGGCAAAAAUAUAGUCCUCUGUCUGCAGAGUAUGAUGGUUACAGUAGUGAAGCCUCAAUAGAUGAAGCAAACUGCAUUCAAAGAAUGAGAAGAACUCCUCCGUUGGAUGAAUUGCAGCCACCACCAUAUCAGGAUGACAGUGGCUCUCCACAUCUCUCUUGCACACCUUCAGAGAUCGGUGACAGUAAAUGUGAAUUUUCUCACUGCAGUAACAGCCCACGCUGUUCGUAUACCAAGUGCCCGAGUGAAGGAAGCACUGGGCAUGAAAUAGAAAGUUUUCACAAUAAAGGCUAUGAAGAGGAUGUGCCCAGUGAUAGCACUGCUGUCCUUAGUCCAGAAGAUAUCUCAGCUCGAGGAUCCUCUUCACAGCUUCCUAAACCUUUUGAUCCUGAGCCAGAAGCUAAAUUUGGCACACUGGAUGUGACUUUUGACUAUGACUCACAAGAACAGAAGCUUCUGGUAACAGUGACAGCUGUCACAGACAUACCCACAUAUAACAGGACAGGUGGCAACUCAUGGCAAGUACACCUUGUUCUUCUACCUAUAAAGAAACAAAGAGCAAAAACCAGCAUCCAGCGGGGUCCGUGCCCUGUCUUUACAGAGACAUUCAAGUUUAAUCAUGUCGAAUCUGAGAUGAUUGGGAAUUAUGCAGUUCGGUUCAGACUGUACGGUGUGCGUCGGAUGAAGAAGGAAAAGAUUGUGGGAGAAAAAAUUUUUUAUUUAACCAAGUUGAAUCUUCAAGGGAAGAUGUCAUUGCCAGUUAUAUUGGAACCUUCUUAUCUGUCCGGCUGUGACUCCCAAAUGAGCAUGUCAGAAAUAUCCUGUGAAAGUACAUCCUCAUGUCAGUCCCUAGAACAUGGCUCAGUUCCAGAAAUCCUCAUUGGCCUGCUCUAUAAUGCCACAACUGGAAGACUCUCAGCUGAAGUGAUAAAAGGCAGCCACUUCAAAAAUCUGGCAGCAAACAGACCACCCAAUACAUAUGUCAAGUUAACUCUGUUGAAUUCCAUGGGCCAAGAGAUGUCCAAAUGCAAAACAUCCAUCCGGCGAGGGCAACCAAAUCCAAUAUACAAGGAAACCUUUGUCUUUCAAGUGGCCCUUUUUCAGCUCUCCGAUGUGACACUCAUCCUGUCUGUGUAUAAUAAACGCAGCAUGAAACGAAAAGAAAUGAUAGGCUGGAUUUCUUUAGGUCUCAAUAGCUCAGGAGAAGAGGAGCUCAAUCACUGGACUGAAAUGAAAGAGUCAAAAGGACAACAAGUAUGUAGAUGGCACUCGUUAUUAGAGUCCUAAUGGAGAGUAUAAGGGGUAAUAAUGGCCCCAAAGUGUUAUUUCUGGUUUCAGUAAAACCAUUCUUAACCGUCGCUAGGAGAGCUAUUUGCAGAAGGAACCGAUUUAUAACAUUCCACCUUAUUAAAGGAUGCAUUAAAUGUUAAGGAACAAAGCAUCUCAUACGUCAUCCACUUCAUUUAGAUCUGUAUCGUUGUGGGAAGUAGAGUCAUGGGAUUGGGAGAAGUUUCUGUAAACAGUAAAGCUCCAGGGGCUAAAUGAUGACAUUUUCUUUAAAAGUCAAAAUUGUCAGUUAUGAAUGUAAAAAUUUGCUUUUGUGACCAUAAAGCUAUUGUCACUACUCUGGAGGUUGUUUUCCAACCAAUGUCAGAAUCCAGUAUUAGUGACCUAGCCUUUAGGGUGAGAAAUUAUGAUGAAGCAGACAUGUAGAGUGACUUUAAUGGAAAAAGACUGAAUUAUCAAUUAUUUCAAAUUAUUUUCCUGGGUACCCUUAGUUUAUCAUGCUCCUGUUUUUGUUAAACAUCUUAGUAGCAUGAAGUCCAAGUUGAAGCAGGUAUACGUUGAUGUGAAGAAAAUCCUUCUUAAGCAUGUGAAGAGCUCAGUCAGUCUCACAUUGAGACCAAAUUUUUUUUUACCCCAAGGAAGCCAUGUCACUGUCCUGGUCCUCUGCAAGUCUUUUAAGACAGAUUUUGCUGAAUAUUUAUGCACCUUUCUAUUGAAAGCACUUCCUUUAUUUGUGUAUUUCAAUAUAGAAGUCUCCUAUAGCAGGACUUAAAUGUUAUUUUUUAAAUUGCUAGUUUCUUCCAGGAGGCUAUUGUGAUGGAAAAGCUCAGUAAUGUAAAAAUGAAAUGGUCGAAGACAGAAAAACAGCUCAACAAGGUGAAAAAAACAAUUUUUAUCGGCCACUAGCAUAUUAAAUAAUCAAAGAUGCAUAUUCGAUUUAAGAAAGCAGUUGCUUUAUUCUAAAUGUCUUCAGUCUUACCUUCCAGCCGUAUUUUGGGUAAAAUGACUGUUGAAGCUUCAAAUUCAAUCCUAUUAUGUGAAAGACCAUCCUGAGAUUUUUCGGAUAUUUUAAAUGACUUUGUGACCAGACUUUAUGGAAUUUCUAGAUAGGUUUGUCAGCGUGAUGUCAACCGUGCCUUUCAUAUCAGUUAAACUUGCCAAUACAACUUGAAAGUUGUAUGUGCAGAAUUAGGCCUUCAAUUUUUAUAAACUAAAAAAUUUAUCAGAACAUUAUCUGAAGAUUUUCAUUUUCUCUGAAGAUGUGCAAAGCUAUGUAACUAUUAGGGUUUUUUUAAAUGGCAAAAACAAUUUUGUUCAAAAAACUUUAACCUCUUUGAUUUUUCAGAAGUGAUAUAUAGGGUACUUUUCUUCUGAUUUUUUUGCUUCUUAUCCAGUUUGUUAACAGUAAUUUUGCUCAUAAAUUUCUUGAAUAUAGUCCAUUUUUACAUAUGUAAAGAAUUCUCCCCCCCUUUCUCUUUCUUCUUUUGUUCUAGGAUACUUAGAAAGGAAUUUUCCAAGGAUUGAAGAGAAGCAUAUGGUAUUUUAUUGCAAUUCCUAGCUAUUGUGCAUUACUCUGAGAUGCCUCUUAUUUAACACAAUCAAAUAGCUUAUAGUCCCAGUAGAUAUGAUAAUUUGAUCUUAUAUUUAUUGAAGAAACUGAAUAAAUAACCUGAAAUUCCCAAGCCCCCAUCACCUUUUUGUCCCAGUUAAGACAGAGGAAGCAGUUUACAGUUGGCAGGUUUUUAGUGAUAAUAGUAACAAUAUUCAUUAAGUGCUUUCUGUGUGCAGAGCACUCUGCUAAGUGCUAGGAAAGAAUACAUAGGUGGGAAUUAGUUGCAGUCCCUUCACACACAUGAAUAUAGGAAUAUUUGAAACAUCACAUUAGAUGAAGCAGGUUUAUUUGAAUGCAAAUUUUGUGACUGUUAAUAUGUAAAGUUGUUCUAUUAUAUCAGCCAGCUCUUUCCAGGAUGUUUAUAAAUGAGUUAGAGGCAGAGGCAGUGUAUAAUUCACAAGGCAAGGUGUCUUCUUUAGGCAUGUUCAGCCAUAGUUGAAUAGGACAGAUUUGAAGAGAAUCCUGACUGUAACAUGGAAAUCAGAUCAAAGCAGUAGAUGUUGGAAAAACACUUUCUGGGUUUGAAAAACCAAAUACAUCACCAGUUGUAACCACCUAGUGACACUAGAAAUCAGGCUUUAUUUGUAGCCAUUUUGUUGCUUACCCAAGCAGAGUGUGAUGACAUAACGUCAUUUUAACUGGAGUGAGCAAAAGAUUAUAUAUUUUCUCCCUUUGUUAAAUCUGGCUGUUUUUCCAAACCAAGCAUAGAUGUGUUCCUUAUUUCUGGUUUUGUUGGGGGGGUCAGAAUCAGGCAUCUCAACCGAAAACCCAUAGCACCAAAGCUGUAUAAAAGUGUAACUGGAAAUAGUACAAAUAGCACCUCAGCUGCCUUGCCUUUACUUUGACAAUGUGAACUGUUUCUGUGGGUGGAGCCUCUCAAGGUAAAAGUGAUACCAUUUGUUUAAGCAUUAAAAUUAUAAGUUUUUUCUUCUUAUAUUUAAACGUGUGAUUACUAUUCAUAUUUGGGCACUAUUGUUUUCUCUAAUAGUAAAAUCUACAUAAGCAUA